AUGUCCCAUCCUUUACAGUUCUUGAACGGGUCUGGAGCUGACAAGGGAUCUUUGUCACCUCUCCCAGUAACAGGAGAACCCAAAGAGAACUACCCAAAUGACGAGCAAGGGAACAAAGUGCGUUGGGCGGCUUUACUGAUCCUCCUGGUGAUCAUCCCCACCAUCGGGGGGAACAUACUCGUUAUACUGGCUGUGUCUCUGGAGAAAAAGUUGCAAUAUGCUACCAACUACUUUUUAACAUCCUUGGCAGUGGCAGAUUUGCUCGUGGGACUGUUUGUGAUGCCGAUUGCCCUUCUCAUAAUAUUGUUUGAUAAUGCCUGGCCUUUUCCAACUGCCUUGUGUCCUAUCUGGCUGUUCCUUGAUGUCCUCUUUUCCACAGCUUCCAUCAUGCACCUCUGUGCCAUCUCACUAGACCGCUAUAUUGCGAUUAAAAAGCCAAUCCAGGCUAGUCAGUACAACUCAUGGGCUACAACCAUCAUCAAAAUCAUCAUCGUUUGGCUCAUUUCAAUAGGUAUUGCUAUUCCAGUCCCUAUCAGAGGCAUUGAAGAUGGAAAUGGCAACUCUACAAACAUCACGUGUCUUCUGACGCCUGAUCGUUUUCAUGACUUUAUCCUAUAUGGAUCAGUGGCUGCAUUCUUUAUUCCCCUAGCUAUCAUGAUAGUCACUUAUUUUCUGACAAUUCAAGUGCUACGUAAGAAGGCCUACUUGAUCAACAAGCCACCUCAACGUUUGACUUGGUCAACAGUGUCCACGGUUUUUCAGCGUGACGCAACACCUUCCUACUCACCAGAAAAGGUGGCCAUGCUAAACGGCUCCAGAAAGGACAAGACUUUGACCAACGAUAUGCCCAUUUGCAGAAUGUCUACAAUUGGGAGGAAGUCUAUGCAAACCAUAACCAAUGAACAAAGGGCAUCAAAAGUUCUUGGGAUUGUAUUUUUUCUUUUCUUGUUGAUGUGGUGCCCGUUCUUCAUAACUAACAUAAGUUCGGUCCUGUGCAACUCCUGCAACAAGGAAGUUUUUCAAAAGCUCAUGGAGAUAUUUGUUUGGAUAGGAUACGUUUCCUCGGGAGUGAACCCUCUUGUCUAUACACUCUUCAACAAAACAUUUAGGGAGGCUUUCAGCAGGUAUAUCACUUGCAACUAUCAGACCACAAAGCCUGCCAAGAUCCUUCGGAAGUGUUCCAGCAGGAUCUCUUUCAGGAAUUCUGUGACAGAAAAUUCCAAGCUCUUUGUUAUGCACGGGAUGAGAAACGGGAUUAACCCCAUAAUGUACCAGAGCCCAAUGAGGCUGAGGAAUUCACCCAUCCAAGCAUCGUCAGCCAUUCUGCUGGAUACAUUGCUGCUCACAGAAAAUGAAGUUGAUAAAACAGAAGAACAAGUAAGCUAUGUAUAGUGGAAUGGCAGCCAUGUCCAUAUCAUAGUAUUACUGUCUGUAUUAUUCUAGGUAACUGUGCUAUAAGAGGUCAUAAAUACUAUUGUUUUAUUUAUGCAAGCAAUAUCUUAUAAAUUUAUAAGAAAUCUUCGCCUCCCAUUCCAUGAUAAACAAUGACUAUUGCAGAACUGUAUCCUACAGAAAAAGGGAAAUAAAUAAAAGCUAAAUCAAUGUGAGUAUCUAACUUCAGUGCUCAUCAUCUACAGUCUCUUCAUUUAAACCUACAACUGUUUACUCUGGUUUACUCAAAACAGCACACACGCUCACUGCACUGCGUCCUACAGUUCCACUGAUGAGACUGCACAUUCAAAUGCAAGAUUUUCUUUUUCUCUGUAUGGGGGUAUCACAAGCAAAAUCACUAGCUCCAGAGACCAAAAAGUGCCUAUUCACAUUCCACAAGCAGU